AUGUUUCAAUCCCGCCUCAGACCCCUCCCCCGCGCCAAUCCCACCACGACAGUUCAAAGACCGGACUUCGGAGAUAACAAUGAAGAAAUCGACGACGAAUCUCAAGAAGAUAUUUUCAGCAGCUACCUAGCCCACCUCCUUCCAGAUGAUGCGCCUUCCUUCCACGGCGAUCCAGGUCAACACCUCCUCUACAGCUCUCCCCGCUAUGGAGAGCUAGAUAUUAUGGUCCCGAGCUAUCCAGGCGAAAGCCAAAAUCGUUCUGAUGAAAUCGCUGCCGGACAAACCAGCAAGGUCGACGAGGGCCGCAAACUGUUUGCCCAUUUCCUUUGGAGUGCAGCCAUGGUUGUUGCGGAUGAAAUCGAGUUAGCCGACGAGGCUGAUUCGAAGAAUACUUGGGCUGUUGAGGGCGAGACUGUGCUGGAGCUAGGUGCUGGUGCCGGCCUCCCAUCUAUAAUUUCCGCGCUGUCCAAAGCCUCCGCGGUCACGAUCACAGACCAUCCAUCUUCACCAGCCCUCAGUGGCGCAAUAAAAUUCAAUAUCAGCUACAAUCUUUCGAAGAGAACCCCACCACUCGAUCAAAAUGUCUCUAUACAGCCACACGAGUGGGGAGUCUUGGACGAUGAAUUCUCAAUCCAGAAGAAAGGCUCUUUUACACGGAUCAUUGCAGCCGAUUGUUUCUGGAUGCAAGACCAACAUCAGAACCUUGCUCGGACGAUGCAGUGGUUCCUUGCGCCUGGUGGACGGGUGUUCGUCGUUGCCGGCUUUCACACUGGCAGGCCGAUUGUGGCCGGGUUUAUUGAGACGGUGCUUGAGAAUGGCUUUGUCAUCGAAUCAAUUUAUGAGAGGGAUGCAGUAGAGAGAGCUGAAGAUGGAUCGGAGAUCAGGAGGGAGUGGAUGCCGGUGAGGGAGGGAGAGGUUGAUAGGAGCAGGUGGUGUGUUGUUGCUAUUUUGAAGAGGGAGUGA